CUUUGUUAUGAUUUCUGACAGAACACGCGACUCGGGUUGGUGACACUGAUUCUGCACAAAUGGAGAAAAUGUGGAUCAAACCAGAUUAGAAAGUGAUUUCAACACUGGACAGAAUUCUGCAGCCACUGAAUCUGUACACUACGCAACAUCACCAGCACAUGGAUAUCUAUAACAUGGCUUCCUUUCCACACCCAGGCUCCCCAGAGUGGAUGUGGUAUCAACAGAUACGAAUGAAAAUCCAAGAUGAAUCAUCAGGUCCUACAUUAGCAGACUUCCAGGCAUUUAACCUCAGGCCACGAGGUCAAGCUCCUCAAAGAAACAUGAGACCGAGAUUUAUACAGACUGGUUCAAGGCCCAGAGUGCCAGCACCGCCUUACCACAUGUUAAACCAUGGCCAACACAACAUGAGGUGCAGUACCUCACCGAGCAUGGUGAGGAACAGUACCCCACAGGGCAUGGUGAGGAACAAUGCCCCACAGGGCAUGGUGAGGAACAAUGCCCCACAGGGCAUGUUGAGGCACAAUACCCCACAGGGCAUCGUGAGGCACAAUACCCCACAGGGUAUGAUGAGGCACAGUAUCCCGCAGGGUAUGAUGAGAAGCAAUACCCCACAGGGUAUGGCGAGGAACGGUAUUCCACAGAGCAUGAUGAAUCCCAGGCUGUACGAGCCACCUGUUCACAGCAGACCAAGUUCAAACCCCAUUGAAGGCCUACAGGAAUUAGUGAAUGGACCACAAGGGCCUUCAUCACCAAUUAAUCAAUGUAUUUCUCCAGCAAAUCAGCGAGUUUCCAUGGACUCGACUCCAAGGGGCCCAUCCCCAUUAUCCUAUAUGGAAACAUCACAGACAGUUUCACACCAAGUACCUCCUUCUGGUCUACAGGUCAGAGGUCAUCUCCACUCCAACCUCCAACCCAACACAUCACAACACCUGUCUAAUUCUGGGAUGAGGAUGCCAGUCAGCAUCAACAGUCGUCCCAUUUGGUUUCCACCUCCACUUAUGAAGGCUGACGGGACACUUAUCCGGCCGAUGGAACAUUUCUCAGGUCCAUGGACUAGUCAGCCAGGGAAUGUUGGUUAUAGGCCAGGAUUACCUUAUACCUUAACCGCAGAUGGAAAUAGAAGUUACCACGAUCAAAUUCACACUGCAGCUCUUCAUGGAGGUCAAGUUCCAAACUUGAGUGUAUCUACCAAUUGUAAUGAAACAAAUUUUCACCAGGCAUCAAGUUUCGAAAAUACUAACUCAAUAAACAAGGAUAGUGAUGAAGAAACCCAGAGUUCCCAGGCAAAUGGAACUCUUUCAAACAGCAUAUUUGGACGUUGGUACAAACCCCCUUCAGUAGACGAGGAGGUGAAAUACGACUAUAUCUUUGAUGUGGACAGUGACACACAAACUAAUAGAACAGAAAGAAGUGAUCAGGAAAAUACACAGACAAAAUCUAGUUCUCACCUCAUCAAGAGGCCUAGUAAACUCAGUCAUGAGAAAAAGGGGACAAAGGGAAAACGAUUAGAAGGUGAAAUCAGUAGAAUAUUUAGUUCCUUUCAGUCACAGUUAUCUCCUCUUAGUUCCGACAGUCUCCCAGAGUCUCGUACUUGGUGUGAAACGGAGCCAGACAUAUUUUCUGGUAGAAGUGGCAACAAUAAAAUCUCAAGUGAUCAGUCUCAUUCUCAGGCAGCAACAUCUAUUAAUACCUUGUCAUCUACUAAAGUUGGCAGCAGUAUUACUCAGCAGUUUUCAUCGUCAGCUAUAGAAUCCAAUUUGAGCCAAAACGUUGCCAAAGAAGUUGACAGAAAUUGCUCACAAGAUAGCAUAAAUCAUCCUCAGGCUGCGCCAACAAUCACAUCAACAAAUGCUCAGGCGAUUCAGCAAGUUCAUUGUACUACAAAUCGCCCAAUGCCACCUUUGAUGCUUGCUCCUAUGACUUAUAUAAAGCCAGUAGGUUUACAGUCAAGUCAACAGUUUCAGCCGCCAGCUUUGACAGUUCUUUCCACAAACCAUUCAGCAUCUUUACAAAAGCAAUCAACUGUUCCAGUUGUGUUACAAAGUGGCUCUGUAAAUUCAUCCGCAGGUAAUUCAUCUUCUAAUUCUGCAGAUCACCUAGGAAAUUCCCAGGAAGAGAGCAACAUUUGUAUACUGGACACAUUUUCAUUGUCUCGUCCACAUGUUAGUGACAUUGUGAUACAGCCACAGGAACUGAAUGUGAAUCUGGUGUCUAAUUCACUCGGAACCAAACGUAGGAAAAGAUACUGCAAGUCAAGAUCAAGUGAAAACACACAAGAGGAAAUCUAGUGAACAUGAUUCUGAUUCUAAAAUAGUUGUUAAGGAAAAGAAAGUCACUCCUCUCCGAAUCAGACUACCAUUUGCUUUGAAAUCUCGUCUUCGAGAAAAGGUUAAGAGUAAUGCCAGCAAGAACAAAAAAUCAAAUGGUGUAAAGGAAAAACCAGCAAAAAGGCCAUUGCUUGAUUGUGUUAGCUCUGUACCAGAAGAGCAUCAUGUCUCUGGUUAUUCAGCAGCAGAGAGACUGGAAAGUCAAGAUCCUUUAAUCUCAGUAGUGGAGAAAGGUAAUGAAUCGUUGGUAUAUACAGAGGAUAAAGACACAAAUAAUGAAACUGUUCAAUGCAGUGUUGCCUUUGACGGUGAUAACAGCUACACAAAUAAGUCUACACUUCUGAAAUCAUCUUUACCAACUACAUCCAACAUAGAAACGGAUCACAACGAAAAACAGUCUCAACAUAUGGAAUCUUCCCUAGACUGUCCAGAUAAGUUAUCGGUUGCUGAUAAGAACACACACAAUACAGAAAAGCCAAAUGAUCCUCACCAUCUAGCAGAUAAAUUAAAGGAAGUGGUUUCCAAAAUUUCUUCUGGACGAAAGCGAAGGAAAUCAGCAGUGUUGCUGGACUCCCAGCCAAUUACACCAGAUGCAAAGAGAAGGAGGCUUUCUAAAGAGAAAGAGCUGGAUUCUUAUGGCAGUUGUUCAAAAUCUGUCAGAACUAUUGAUAAGAAUGUCCAAGAACAGAAUUCAGUUGUUGCAAAAUCCUGUGUUAUGGAUGAUAAGUCAAAGGAUGCUGGUGAGUAUUGUGAAAAAUCUAGUGGCGGUUUUGUUGUGUUACCCAAUA